UCCCCCAGGCGCGCCCAACCCGUGCCUCCCUCCCCUUCUCCACUGGGGUCCUGCCCACUUCCCUGCGGGGAGUCCGACUGUUCUCAGGACUCCGGGCGGGGCGAGAGGCCGGGCCAGGGGCUGGAGGGUCGAGGGGAGGAGAAAGGGGAAGCAAGGCGAGAGAAAUUAGGAGGCGGGAGAAAUCGAGGACUAGAAGGAAGAGGAGAGUCAGAGGAUGGUGGAGAGCACUUUUUGGAAGCCGCCACGCCGAGUCUCAGGCUGGCCUGGCUAAGCUGGGGGAGAGGGAGCCAGGGCGGCGCAGGGCGGGCGCUCAGGCGGCGGGAGGCAGCUCCGCGCGGUCCUGACCUCCCCAGAGCGCCCCGCUGCGGCCGCGCAGUGCCGGCCUUGCCGUCCGGCCGCCAGUCCGGGACCAGAAGCUGGGCCAUCCCCUGGGGCGCUGAGCGCUCUCGUAGCGUCCAGGCCGGCCGGCCGGCGUGCGUGCGGGCCGUGCGCCCUGGGCGCGCGAGGCGGUGAGGCCCUGGGAGCCCUGCGCGCCGGGACGCGCGGGCCGGCAUGGCGAUGCACGCCCUCACCGGCGUCUCUCUGAUCAGCCUGCUCAGCUUGGGCUAUCUGUCCUGGGACUGGGCCAAGCCGAGCCUGGGAGCCGACGGGCCCGGGGAGGCUAGCGAGCAGCCCUCGGCCGCUCCACCCCAGCCUCCCCACAUCAUCUUUAUCCUCACCGACGACCAGGGCUACCACGACGUGGGCUACCAUGGCUCAGAUAUCGAGACCCCUACGCUAGACCGGCUGGCGGCCGAGGGUGUCAAGUUGGAGAAUUAUUAUAUCCAGCCCAUCUGCACGCCUUCACGGAGCCAACUUCUCACCGGCAGGUACCAGAUCCACACAGGCCUCCAGCACUCCAUCAUCCGCCCACGGCAGCCCAACUGCCUGCCCCUGGACCAGGUGACGCUGCCCCAAAAGCUGCAGGAAGCAGGGUACUCCACCCACAUGGUGGGCAAGUGGCACCUGGGCUUCUACCGGAAAGAGUGCCUGCCCACCCGUCGGGGCUUCGACACCUUCCUGGGCUCGCUCACGGGCAAUGUGGACUACUACACCUAUGACAACUGUGAUGGCCCGGGGGUGUGCGGCUUUGACCUGCACGAGGGUGAGAGUGUGGCCUGGGGGCUCAGCGGCCAGUACUCCACUAUGCUCUACGCCCAGCGCGUGAGCCACAUCCUGGCCAACCACAGCCCCCGGCGGCCCCUCUUCCUCUACGUGGCCUUCCAGGCGGUACACACGCCCCUGCAGUCCCCUCGCCAGUACCUGUACCGUUACCGCACCAUGGGCAACGUGGCCCGGCGCAAGUACGCAGCCAUGGUGACCUGCAUGGAUGAGGCUGUGCGCAACAUCACCUGGGCCCUCAAGCGCUAUGGUUUCUACAACAACAGUGUCAUCAUCUUUUCCAGUGACAAUGGUGGCCAGACCUUCUCAGGGGGCAGCAACUGGCCACUUCGAGGACGCAAGGGCACUUACUGGGAAGGUGGCGUGCGGGGCCUGGGCUUCGUCCAUAGCCCCCUGCUCAAGCGAAAGCGACGGACAAGUCGGGCGCUGGUGCACAUCACGGACUGGUACCCGACCCUGGUAGGUCUGGCAGGUGGCACCGCCUCGGCAGCUGAUGGGCUAGAUGGCUAUGAUGUGUGGCCGGCCAUCAGCGAGGGCCGGGCCUCGCCACGCACUGAGAUCCUGCACAACAUUGACCCGCUCUAUAACCACGCCCGGCAUGGCUCCCUGGAGGGUGGCUUCGGCAUCUGGAACACCGCUGUGCAGGCCGCCAUCCGCGUGGGCGAGUGGAAGCUGCUGACCGGAGACCCCGGCUAUGGUGACUGGAUCCCGCCGCAGACACUGGCGGCCUUCCCCGGAAGCUGGUGGAACCUGGAGCGGAUGGCCAGUGCCCGCCAGGCCGUGUGGCUCUUCAACAUCAGUGCUGACCCCUACGAAAGGGAAGACCUGGCUGACCAGCGGCCCGACGUGGUUCGCGCCCUGCUGGCCCGCCUGGUGGACUAUAACCGCACAGCCAUCCCUGUGCGCUACCCGGCUGAGAAUCCCCGGGCCCAUCCCGACUUUAAUGGAGGUGCUUGGGGGCCGUGGGCCACUGAUGAAGAUGAAGAGGAAGAGGAGGAGGAGGGCAGGGCUCGCAGCUUCUCCCGGGGGCGCCGCAAGAAAAAAUGCAAGAUUUGCAAGCUGCGAUCAUUUUUCCGUAAACUCAACACCAGGCUGAUGUCCCACCGGAUCUGAUGUGGGGGAGACGAGGAUCUCUGUACCCUUAGAUGUACUUCCCUCAUCAAGCCUGGCCCUGAUCCUCCCCAGGCAGGAGCCUGAGGUCAGGUCCCCAUCUGCAGGGAAAUGGAGGGUGGAGAGCCCCUCAGUUGAAGGAUGGGGAGCUUGGCUUGUGGGUUGGGGGGAAUAAACUAGACUAGGAUGCCUGGGUCCCAGUCCUGCCUCUCCACUGACUUGCUCUGUGACCUCGGGUGACUAGCAUGAGCUCUCUGGGCCUCAGUUUCCUCAUCUGUAAAAUGAGCUCCAAUUUUUUUGUGGCUCUGUGGUGUGGACCUGGUGCCUAGGGCCAUGGUGGAGUUCCCAGCCGACCUUGCCACCUUCCAGCUCAUUUAACGCCUUGCCCUUGAACCCUGGACCUCUGUGGUACUGCUUGGAUGAGGGGCCACACAGGCAACUCCAGCCUGGACCCUAGUCGAGGCAUGGCAAUCUGGCUGCUCUCUGAAGAGAUCCCUAAGUGCUGAGUGUGGAGGUGCAGGGAUCAGGAGGUGACCUUCCUGGGUCCUCACGUGGCCUGGGCCAAUCCUGGAGCCAGACUGGUGGUGGGCACUGUGGUGGAGAGCUCUCCUUCCUGCCUCCAGCACCCAGAGGAAUUGGCCCGGCUGUUAGCUGCUGCAGGAUCAAGGGUGGUGGAAACAUCUGUGAAAAGAACCCCUGAACCAACA